CCCGCCGAGGCGCCCCCCCGGGCCGAGCCGUGCCGCAAACUUCGCGCCGGGCAGCGGGGCCGUCAGGCGGAGCGGCGCUGCCCCGGCACCUCCCUGUGGCGGCGCCGAGGGGGGGGCGGCCCCGGAGCACGGCGGGCGGGCACGGGCAGGAGGAGGAGGAGGAGGAAGCGCUGUCAGCGGGGCCGGCCGUCUCCGCCCGCCGGGCAUCCUUCAGCACCGCCGGGCUGCGCCUCGCCCGCCGCCUGUCCCAGGAGCUGCUGAAAUGGGUUGUGGGUUGAACAAACUAGAGAAGCAUGAUGAAAAACGACCUGGUAACAUCUAUUCAACGUUGAAGAGGCCCCAGGUAGAAACCAAGAUAGAUGUUAGCUAUGAAUAUCGAUUCCUGGACUUCACAACACUAAAUGAUGCUGAGCUACCAGGAUCAUCUGCAAUCAAGCUCUCCUCCUUGUGUGAUCUUCCAGCUCAGCUGCAAGAAUUGUACCAGCAGGGCUUCGUCUUGGCUGCUGUCCACCCCUUCGUGCAGCCAACUGAUGAAAAAGAGAAAACUCCCCAGGAACAAAUCUUCAGGGCUGUGCUUAUCAAGAAAACAGAAAGGUCUCCAAAAGGUGACAUCCAUAGUGAAGGAUAUAUCUUGGAGGUAGAGUCCUGCUCCUAUUUGAACCAACCUUCAGACAAAAAGGAGAUACCUGAUUUUGUUAAGAAAAUUCAAGAUGCAGCAAGUCAAGGCUUGAAAUUUGUUGGAAUUAUACCUCAGUACCAUUCCCAAAAGAACUGUCUUGUCAGCUCCUCUCUGACACCCGCCAGUAACAACUCUGUGCAAUCAAGAGAUAAUAAAAAUGUUUCAAAUUGCCCUGAGGAUCAAGCUUCGCUGGAUGGCGAGAAAAUAGAUGGCAUUAAUGGAUGCAAUACUCGAGCACCAAGCGAGGAGAGUGCUGACCAACGUGCCACAUCCAGGGAAGGCUGGAGGGGUGAAGGACAGGCUACUGAGGAGCCCAAUUUCAAGUCUGUGAAGGGCAAUGAAGAACAACCUGAGAGCCCGAGUGUAAGAGAAGCGACAGACACGCAGAAUGGAGUUGCAGAGAAUGAAGCGCCAGCACCAAGUUCAAAACCCCUUACCGGCAAGACAGAGAUCUUCGCACUCUUCAACAAGCCUAAAACCCCCCAAAGAUGCAGCCAGUAUUAUACGGUGACCAUCCCUAUGAGGAUCUCCAGGAACGGGCAGACUGUCAACAGCUUAGAAGCAAAUUGGCUGGAGCACAUGACAGAUCACUUCAGGAAAGGAGGCUCCUUGGUAAACGCCAUCUUCAGCCUUGGAAUGGUAAAUGAUUCCUUUCAUGGAACAACGGAUGGAGUAUUUCUCUUUGAAGAUGUUGCUGUGGAAGACAGUAAAACCAUGCAGGGCUAUGAUGCUAUUGUUGUAGAACAGUGGACUGUACUGAAGGGAGCCGAGGUGCAGACAGACUACGUUCCACUGCUGAACUCCCUUGCCAUGUACGGCUGGCAGCUGACAUGCGUGCUUCCUACUCCAAUUGUGAAGACAAACAGGGAAGGGAAUUUAUCUACAAAGCAAAUUGUAUUUCUUCAGAGACCUUCUUUGCCCCAGAAAGCGAAGAAGAAAGAAUCCAAGUUUCACUGGAGGUUCUCCAAAGAAGACAUGCACAACAAACAAAUGAAGAAAUCUGUGAAGGCCAAGCUGAGCAGCGGGGAGAAGCAGAUGUCGGAGAAGCAGGAAUUCGAAGUCACGGAGAACACAAGAAACUUAGAAGCGCAAAUCUCAGCAGCAGCAAGGCCUGACCCAGAGCAGCAGCCGGGUGACGUGAUAGACUUGGGAGAUGAGGUAGGCGGCAGCAACGACAGAGGUACCCAUCAUGAUGGGGCAUCGUCGGAGGAAACGUGUCCCGCCGGCUGCGAUACCCAUGAAGACGGCGCCGGGGUCUGCGAGGAGCAGGGAGUGGCGGGGCAGGACUGCGCUCCCGGGAGCGAGGGGGCAGGACUGGAUGUGGACUCUUGCUGUGAGUAAAAGACCGACUUUUCAGGAAUCCUGUGAGUUGCUGAUACUUUGCCAAGACAAAAGAACAGAUUUCGCUAAUCGCCAUCACUAACUCCAUUGCUCAAUUCAGCAUUUCUUUGGCAUUGUACUUAUUUUGCUCCUUAGCAUACUGCUGUCUCGAUGUUUUAACUACACGGGGCUUUCUAACCCACAGAAAUUAAUGCCAAAAUUCCAUCCACAUUACAGAGUGGGAAAGGCCCUACUCCAUUUUCUAAAGGUACACUUGAAAUUGAAAAGUAGGGACAGAGAUAUACUCGGGUUUUUCUGUGACUGACCGUAGCAAAAUAGGUUUGUAUCUAGUUCAAGGCGAACGUUCCACUGGCUCAGAUUUUACUCUGUAAUAUUUUCUUGUCCACGUAUCUUUGCUGGAGAAGUUACUGUGCCAUAUGUUAUUUUGUCAUUAAGCUUGUAGUGUCAUGAAAACGGUAUUUGGGCUUAAACAGGCUGAAAUCGGAAGGCUUAGAUACGAAGGCCGUAUCUGUAUUUAUCUCAAACAGCAUAUUUACCGAUGAUACUCUCUUCUGAAUUUUAUUAACUCUUGCAGAUCUUCAAGCAAUAAGCAAAUCAUAUACCUAUUUUAGGCACACUGGGUAAACAAGCCGCAUGAUACACUUGUGUGAGGCAGAUUACUCCAAUAUAAAAUGAUAUUUCCUAUUCCCGUUGCUUACGUUCUCUUUGCCAAUCAAGUUCAGCAAUAGUUGUGGGGGUUUUGGAAGACAGAAAAGCAGAUAAAAUGGCAAAGCUGGUUAAGAGUACUUUCAGUGGCUCUCCACUAAAAUAGGAAUUAGAUGUCACCAUCUGCCCCUUCCAUGUGAUUUUCCCCAACUUCCUCAUUGCUAUGAAAUAUGUUGUGGGAAAGAACUAAAAUGAUACACAAAUAGCAGGGGUCAGUGGCCUACACGUGUCACUAAAUGACCUUACGGAAUACAAAUACCUUUAUAGAGUUUUGUUUUGUUUUGUUUUAACACAAGUAACCAUAUUUUGGGACCUAACAGAAUUCUGUAACAUUACCAACAUUUUUAUGUUUGGAGCUAUGUUAAAAUAUUUACAAGUGAAUGUACAUGUGUAAUAUAAUUUCUGUACCAAUAUUCUCCAAGCACUUCAGUGUUCUUAAAAAUGUAGGAACUAGUUGUUUCUCUCUUCUUUACCACCUUGAUCCCUAUUUAGAAGAGGUCAUGCAAUCUGCUAAAAAAGGUGAGAAAUAUAUUCUGAAUUUCCCUGUUCAUAUUUUUUUUUGAAGCAAAAGCUUUGUAAGUGAUUUGUUGCUUUUUCCCUGCACUAAUUUCUGCCUGAUAAUUUUCCUUACUCUUCUAACCAAAAUGCUGUACAACAGAAGAACCGUGUUCUGCAUCAAAUGCACACCUAGGGUGGUUCGAAAGCCUCUUCCAUGCCUUAAAAUUGUACAAUUGGCAGAACACUGCAGAGGAGGGAAAAAUCACGCCAUUUUGAAUAGUCAUUUAAUUGGGAUGAUGGCACUCAAGUUGAAACCAUUCCAUUUCAUACCUACAAAGUAGUGUAAUAUUUUUUUCAUCGACUGACUGAAGAGUAUUUAUUUUGAAUUCUGUGGUUUAACCACAGGAUUGUAAGUAAAUUCAGUUUCUGGUGGUGUUUUUCAAUUAUUUCAUUCUGUUUCUUGAUAUUAGGCUGAAGUUCCAGUAAUGUCAAAACUUUGUUAUUUCAGUUGUUCCACAUAAAGACAAGGUCUCUGCUCUGGACAGUUUAAAGUAGCUGUCUGCAAAUUUUACUAUCAUAGGAUACUUCUACUGAUGGUUUAUGUUUUAAGGACUAGCUUUAUAUUAACCUUGUUUAAAAAAAUCCUGUAUUUAAUGAACCUUUUACUCACAAAAAGUGUUGCAACAGAAUGAACUUUGCAAAUACUUUUGAAUAGCGAAAGCAUUUAUUGGAUUGCAAUUCGACCUCUUUUGGAUCCCAACUGCUGACAAAACUGAAGAGAAAUAAAGUUCAUGAGGAGCUUUUC